AUGACCAAUAGGUCUACAGGUACCUCCCCUUUCAGUAUCGUAUAUACGAAAAGUCCUAAUACAGUCUUGGAUGUGGCGGUGUUACCAAAGUGUCAAUCCAAGGCGGCGGCCACCUUCACGGACCAGUUCACAGAUAUGUUGUUCAAAGUGCGCCAACAGUUGAUUCAAACAAACCAAAAAUAUAAACGGGCCGCGGAUGUCCAUCGUCGUCAGCGCAUAUUCAAUGUAGGGGAUCUCGUGAUGAUCAGGCUCCGCCGAGAACGAUUUCCGGUGGGCCAAUAUUCAAAGUUAGCAAGGAGAAAGAUUGGUCCACUACCAAUUUUGACGAAAAUAAACGAUAACGCCUAUACCGUGGCAUUACCGGCUGACUGCAACACUUCUCCAACCUUUAAUGUAUCUGAUAUCUGGCCGUAUUUUCCUCCCGAUGAUGGCGUUCUUCAGUUCAGCUCGUCGGAGUCGAGCUCUUCCGACACCGGGGAGGACUGA